AUGGCAUUUGACGAAAUAGAGUUGGAGAGCGUUGCAAAACGUGCUAAAUUGACCAUGCCAUGCAAGGAAGAUGCUAAUGAGGCAAUCCUAACGGAGGGUAGUGGGGGAGAAGUUGGAGCGAUGGCAGAGGAUGCGGUAAAGAACGUCAGAGGGCAGACAGACAGACAUUGAAGAGCGGAAAGACCAGUUCUUAAGAACUGUCGAAAGAUUGCUCAAGCCCUCGGAAAGAAAGAGACAUGUCAUUGGGACAGAGACGAAAAAUGAAUAG